GACGAGUCAGACGUUAUUCCGAACUCAAUCGGUCUGUAUGCAAGGAACGGCACGAAGUAAUAUGGAAGAUCCUAUCCCUUUUCAGGAACAAUCCUGGGUUUUAGUCUUGACCAUCGCGUGACCGAAUGUGAAGAGGAUCGUCAACAUCGAUUUACAAACAGCUCCAUCACCAGGCCUACCAUAUUCACCUCCCCUAGCUUACUCACUCAAUAUCCUCUUCUAGGGGCGAUUACAUCCAGUCUCUUUCCACCUUCCCCCCACUUGAACCUGUGUUUAUCAAGCAAACAACACGAACAGCCCAACAUGCGUUUCAUCACCAUCGCCACUCUCUUCUCCUUCCUCGCUGCCGCGCUCCCAGCCGCCGCCCCAGCAGACCAAGCCACAUCAGUGGCCGUCCGCGGAGACAACUCCGAACUCAGCGUUGCUGCCCGCGAUGACCUUUCCCGGAGACAGGGCAUGAACCCGAUCGACCAGACGGUGUCGUGGCCCGAGACCACCUACACCGGCGGCGGCUUGAGCGCCCAGUAUGAGGCCAAGAACCUCAACAACGGCAACUACCAGUUCACCUUGUCGACCUCCGGCCCGGCCAACGGUGGCAAUCUGAGGUUCCGCAUCUCCUACGGCGGCGUGACCCUCGCCGAGAAGGUCCUACCCCCAGCCGGCGGCAAGGAUACCGUCGUUGUCAAGAAGACAGGCGAUAAUUUCAACAUGUGGAUCGAUCUGGCUUGAACGCUGUCGCUUCGUGUUUGGUAAAUGGCAUGCAUUUCAUUGUAAAUACUAAAGAGGCUCUCCGAUGUCCCGUAAAACAGGGAAGAACCAGUUGACCAUUGUUCAAACCACGUCUCUUUCCUACUUCUCACCACCAUUCGGGAUUGGUAUGUUCGGCACAUCAGGCCCUGUUGGCUCACAUAAAAAGCUAUGUUGAAAAUGCUUCUCAAGCG